AUGGCCCCUGUCCCCCAUCUUUCUCUACUCCCCUCUCCCUCUAUUUCAAACCUCCUCUGCUCUCCGUUCUCUCUUUCUCCUUCCACUCUCCAUCAACUCGCGUUUUCUGUAGCAUCACGCCACUUCGCCGCGUUCCACGAGCAACUCGACAAGAUGACGAAGAGGACGAAGAAGGCGGGGAUCGUGGGCAAGUACGGCACGCGGUACGGCGCGUCGCUGCGCAAGCAGGUCAAGAAGAUGGAGGUCAGCCAGCACGCCAAGUACUUCUGCGAGUUCUGCGGCAAGUUCUCUGUGAAGCGUCAGGUGGUGGGCAUCUGGCACUGCAAGCACUGCAACAAGACCAAGGCCGGCGGUGCUUACGUGCUCAAUACGGCAGCAGCAGUCACGGUGCGCAGUACCAUUCGCCGUCUGCGCGAGCAGUGCUGCCGCGAUGCCCGCGCGAUCGUGGGCGGGCGCUGUAGCGCUGCGCUUGUCGCGCAUUGGCGGAGCCGCGGGGCCGGCCUUCCGCGCGCCAGCGGCCCUCCUGCGCGCGAGACUGCUCUCGUCUCUCUCCGCGCCAUCCGCGCCGUGCGCACCUGCCGCGACAACCACAUCAACGCCAUCGGCGCCAUCGCCGUGACCCCUGACUCCCACGGCGGCCUCUGCCUGAGCACCAGGUUUCUGUCCCUUCCCCCUUCCUCCCACCGUGCUCCCCUCUCUCCCACCCCAGGUGCCAUCGCCGUGACCCCUGACUCCCACGGCAGCCUCUGUCUGAACACCAGAAAUCCAGAUUCUCUUUCCCUGGCCCCUCCCACCCACCCGUAUUUCCUUGCUUUCCCAUCGAAUCGCCCCACUCCCUCUCCCUCUCUAGGCGCCGUCGCUGUGACCCCUGACUCCCACGGCGGCCUCUGUCUGAGCACCAGCCGCAGCGUGGGCAAAGGCGAGCUGCUGCUCUCCGUGCCUUCCCGCCUGCAGCUCGGCCGAGCCUGGCCCGCGGGCCUGGAAGGGGCUGGAGGGACGGCAAGAGAAGGGGGAGAAUGGGAAGGAGCAGGAGCAGGAGGAACAGGAGGAAAAAGGGGAGGGGAAGCGGGGGAAGAGGCGAGGUCCUUUGUGGCAAUCAGCAAGAUGGGGCAGCUUGUGCCUUCGUCCCUCUGGUCUCUCCGCCUUGGUCUGCACUUGCUGCACCAGCAGAGGCGACAAGCAACCCCUCACACUCCCACAACACCCAUCGCAUCUACAUCCUCCCCAUCCUCCCCUCCCUCCGCUACCCACACCACUCAUUCUCCUCCCCCAUCUCCCCCUCUCCCAGCCCCCCACUGGGACCCAUAUAUCGCUCUCCUCCCGCGCUCUCUCCCCCUGCCCAUCUUCUUCUCCCCUGCUGCUGUCGCUGCUCUCGGCUACCCGCCACUGCAGGCCGAGCUGGCCAAGCGCAGCACGUUCCUCCGUCGCUUCGCCUCUGAGUUCCUACCAGACGUGGUGGACUCGCUACAGGCAUCCCAGCGAUGCUGCUUGUUUGGCAACGACCCAGUCUCCCCCUCCGACCUUGCAUGGGCCAUGGGCUCUGCCUCUUCCCGUGCCUUUCGAGUGCCUGCAAUCACGGGGGAGAGGACGGGAGACGGGGUUGAUAGAGGGGCAUUGGAUGGAAGAGGAGGAGGCAGUGUGGGGAAAGGAGAGAAGGAAGGGGGAGGUGGGAGUGGAGACGGGGUGAAGAGGAGGAGAGGGGAGGAAGGCGAGAGGGUGUUUCUUCCGGUGAUUGAUCUGGCGAACCAUGAUGCGAAUCCAACGGCUAAGAUAUCUCUUUUGCCAGAUGGCACAGCAGAGCUCCGCGCCCUCCUCCCACUGCCCCCCAGGCAUGCUGUUACUAUAGACUACGGGCGUCUCUCCACGGACCUCUUUCUCCUGGACUACGGCUUUGUGCCCGCUAACAACGCCUACGACACCCUCCCCAUGGCUUACGGCCUUCCGCUCAUUGAAGCUGCUCGUGCUGCUGCUGGGCUGGAUGGGUUAGACGGGGGUGAGGAGCGGGGAGAGCGGGGAGGAGGAGGGGCGAGGGAGACGGGAACGGGAACGGGAACGGGAACGGGAGCAGGUGCGGGGAUGGGAACAGGAGAGGGGGAAGCAGCGGGAACGAGAGAGAAGGGGAGAGCGGAGGAGAUGGGAGGGGAGAAGCGGAGCAGGCUAGAAGGGCCUUUGGAUCCGGAGGCAGGGGGAGGGGCACGGGCACGGAUGGAAGUGAUUGCAAAGCUGGGCUUAUCCGGGCCACAAGCAGACAGAAAGAUGACCCUGGGCGGCCCUGGUUACAUAGACCCUCGCCUGCUGGCCGCUCUAAGAGUGCUGUAUGCUCCAGCAUCGGUGGAUGUGAGGCAGGUGCCGCUGCAGCAGCUGCAGGGGUUGGAUGCGGUGGGGAUGCUUGGGCGGGAGUGUGAGCAGAAGACAGUGAGGACGCUGCUGGGUUUGUGCUUUAUCUUUCUGCAGAGCUUCUCCCGAGUGCCUCCUGCUGCUGCUUCUGCUGCCGCAGAAAAGCCUGCAAAAGAUACAGCUGCUGCUGCUGCUGCUGUUGCUGCUGCUGGUGCUGGUGCUAAUACAACUGUUGGCAGCGCUGCUGCUGACUCCAGUGCAGCAGCGGCAGUGCGGCUAGCAGCCGAGGCGGCAGGAAUGGAGAGUGGAGCAGCGGAGAGGGCGAUAGGCGGGAUGGCGGCGCAGGAAGCAAGGCUGGUGGAGGCGUUUCGUGCUGAGAAGAGAGGGCUUGUGUUGCGAGUGAUGUCGUUCCUGCAGGGCCGAUUGGAUAAGUGA